UCCCUCAUAAAGGGCAAAACCAAAAAUAACCAACGCACUAACUAAAGUAAAUACCGGUACCGCGCUUGAAAUUGCUUUAAAAUUCCAUUAUUUUCGAAUCUCUGUUUUCAAGGCCAUCGGUGUCAAUCAUUUUCCUAACCUCAAACUUGUGUAUCAAACGUGUCAAUUCGGUAUCCACACUUUCUGAAUUGCAUCAUUUGCAGUUUUGACAAAAACCGUGUAGAAAAAUGGUCCUAGAUUUAGAUCUUUUUCGUACAGACAAAGGGGGCAACCCUGACAAGAUCCGUGAAAGUCAGCGAAAGCGUUUCAAAGAUGUGACUUUAGUAGAUAAGGUGGUGGAAGCAGACACCACAUGGAGACAACUAAGACACAAAGCCGACAACUUGAACAAAUUUAAAAACCUGUGCAGCAAAGAAAUCGGCGAGAAAAUGAAAAAGAAAGAGCCCCAAGGAGACGCCAACGAGCCGGUACCCGAGUCUUUGGUCUCGCAGCUCGAAAAUCUCACCGCCGAGUUGCUCAAACCUUUAACUGUGAACCAAAUUAAAAAGGUGCGUAUUUUAAUUGAUGAUGCAAUGGUGAAAAACGAUGCAGAGUUGGUCAAAACGGAGAAAGUAAGGAGUGUAGCCUUGAAGGAAAUCGGGAAUUUACUCCAUGAAUCGGUCGUGAUAAGCGACGAUGAAGACAACAAUAAAGUGGAAAGGACUUACGGUGAUUGCGAGUUUAGGAAAAAAUAUUCGCAUGUGGAUUUAAUUCAUAUGAUUGAUGGGGUCGAUACUGAACGAGGAGCCACCAUAUCUGGAGGCCGAGGGUACUUUUUAACCGGUCCAGCUCUAUUUUUGGAACACGCACUAAUUCAGUUGGCGUUACGAAUGUUGCAUAAAAAGGGGUACAAGCCGCUGUACACUCCCUUUUUUAUGAGGAAAGAGAUAAUGCAAGAGGUGGCGCAGCUGUCGCAAUUCGACGAAGAGCUGUAUAAAGUGAUCGGCAAAGGUUCGGAAAAGGCCGAAGAAAAAGAAAUCGAAGAAAAAUACCUAAUCGCGACCUCUGAACAACCAAUCGCAGCAUUCCAUCGUGACGAAUGGAUUUCCGAAAGCGCUUUACCAAUUAAAUACGCUGGACUUUCAACCUGUUUCCGCCAGGAAGUGGGUUCCCAUGGGAGAGACACUCGUGGCAUUUUCCGAGUCCACCAAUUUGAAAAAGUUGAACAAUUUGUCCUCACUUCUCCUUUUGAUAACAAAUCGUGGGAAAUGAUGGACGAGAUGAUAAACAACGCUGAGGAGUUUUGCAAGGCCUUGGAAAUUCCCUAUAGAAUCGUCAACAUAGUCUCAGGGGCUCUCAAUAAUGCCGCGGCUAAGAAACUGGAUCUGGAGGCAUGGUUUCCUGCCUCGGGGGCCUUCCGCGAAUUAGUCUCUUGCAGUAACUGUCUCGAUUAUCAGGCAAGGAGGCUGCUGGUGCGUUAUGGUCAAACGAAAAAAAUGAACGCGGCGACGGAUUAUGUCCACAUGUUGAACGCGACUAUGUGUGCCACUACCAGGGUCAUUUGUGCGAUUUUGGAAGUGCACCAGACGGAGACGGGGAUCAAGGUGCCCCAAGUGUUGAAAGAAUAUCUCCCAGAGGAGUACCGGGAGGAAAUACCGUUUGUUAAACCGGCCCCGAUCGAAGUCGAAGCUACUAAAAAGAGCAAAAAGCAGAAAGAUGGAAUGAAAAAAGGAGGUGGAGAAGAAUAAAUAAAAUUGCAUUUUUCGCUUGUAAUUUAUUAAUAUCACGAAUAAAAAUUAUUUCAUAAAAAAUCUUAUUUUGCUUUGAAUUUUUGGCUGAGUAGGAAUGUGAUUAUAAUUCUAGAUUACCAAGUUCCUUUUCCGCGUAAGUGAGAUCUUUCAAACGCAUCAUCUUUUUGUAUUCUUUGUACUUUUCUUGAACUUCAAUAAAGUGUUGCAAAAGUUUA